AUGCUACGAUACGAUAACAUCCUCAAACUCGCCCUGGUGCCGUCGAUCAUCUUCUUUCUUAUAUCCUUGGUCUCAGUAGCAUUGACGACACAUUACUGGAUCCUUACAGACUGGAUCAUACCACGAGGUCUCAAAAUAGUAACGAGCAAUUUCAAUGACCGACUGCAGCAAUAUGAGACAGAUGAUACGAUUGUCUACUUCAAAGAGGCCUCAACAGAUGCGACUAUCGUUUCCGGAUGCUUGAACUUGACGGCGGCCAUUGUGGCUCUUAUUGCUUGGAGUACGUUGCGCAAACCAGACAUGGACUCACAAUACAAUAUGAGUACACGCCGCUUCUGGACGCUUAGUAUUAUUGUCACCACCAUUGCUGGAUCCGCCACGGCUCUUGCAGCUGUCGUGCUUCACUAUACCGAGCGAGGCGACGACCAGUGGGGUUGCAGUUCCGAAAGACUUAUGAUGAGUGGCAAGAUGAACACAAACCAAUACUGUACACGCGAGAUGGCGGCUUGCAACUAUCAGCCAGGUUUCGUGCCAAGAGAGGACCGCCAAAAUACCAACAUAGCUUGCAGCGAAGCGGUUACAGUCAAGUGGCUGCAGAUUGUCAUGAUCGUUAAUGCGCUGAUAAUACUGGUGAUGUUCUCCCUCCAAGCACGCCUUCGAAGAAAGUCACGACAAGCACGAUUGAACGAGCCAUUGCCAGAGGAGAAGGUGGCAUCAUGA